UGCUACAUCGGAUGCAACCGUGGAGCAGCUGUUGCAUUGAUGACCCUGGGUAUUACCUCGAUAGGUGGUAUGUUCUGCGGCUUCCUGUCCAACCACAUCGAUAUUGCACCAAACUAUGCUGGAACACUGAUGGCUAUCACCAACACUGCUGCGACACUGCCUGGCAUUACCGUGCCCAUCUUUGUCGGCCAGAUCACCCAUGGAAACCAAACGAUCGGAGCCUGGCGUGUCAUCUUCUUCGUGACGAUCGGCCUCUACAUCAUCGAGAUCUUCGGCUACACCUUCUUGGGCUCUGGAGAAGAACAACCGUGGAACAAGGGUGACAAGACCAAUAAUGGUGCCGUUGAAAAUGGUGAGGCGGAAGCUACACCACUCAAUACAAAGGAAACGAAACCCAGCUACACAAACCAAGAAGAGUAAAAUGUGCUGCUCAGCUCAGAGGGCACGGAAACGAACCGACCCAGUGAAUCAACCCACAUGACAAGGGGAUGGCAUCACCAUGUCAGGGUGAUGUCAAAAAAGCGACAAAAACGAUAUCAAAGCUCUUGUUUCUUACUUGAGAUUUUUCUUAACUUUUACUGCGAAACAAACUUCAAUUUUAGAGUUACUUAUUUUUGCGACAACUAUGGUACUUUUACAUAUAAAUACUUACUAUAUAUACAAGAGGGAAAGUCAAUUUUACUUAAGUUUCUCAAAUAACAAGCAAAGAUUUUUUAACAGAAUAUGUUUUGUUUUGAAAUUUUAACUUAUCAACAAAGAGGAAACCCAUACCGCCGAUCGAUCCAAAUGCUGCCAUAUGCAAACUUUCAUAUAAAACAGAAAAAAAAUAACUUAAAACAGAAAACUCUGAUGGACUUACAACCUUCGGCUGAACGGUCAGAUCCCUCUAAAAACCUACUUUAGGAACCAAGCAAUUAAAAGUUACUUGAAGAGACUUUCUAUGAGCUAAAUUGCAAGCAUUUAGUUAAACAAAUUAAUAAUCAAUCAAAGAAAUCUGUAUAAUGGGGAAAAAACAUGUUAGGUAAUACUACUAGGCGCACCUAUGAAAUGCUUUAACUGAGGAAAGGAUAUUUAAAUGUUAGCGUAACACUGCAAAAGUAUAAUAAACACAAUUAAGGGGGGAGCAAAUAUAAAAGCCAAAAUCGAUCAGAAUCAAAAACGUACAAGGAAACGGUCUUAUAGUCUCGAAACCGCGUUGAAAUUCCGAUCUCGGAGCAUAAAUAGGUGGUUUGCUCAAACGCUUUCUUUUUAUUUUAGCCUAGAAAAAGAUUUUGCGUUGCAACAUUUUCGUUAUGAAGUGUGAAUUGAUAUCAAUUACGCUAAUAUGUGUCGACGAAUUCAAAACUGACUCCAUAAAGAAAAACAAGUUAAUUGAUAAAGAAUGCACUAAGAUAAAUUGAAAGAAAGCGAUUGAGUUUCACGGGAAGAUAAACAAAAAAUUAAAAAACAAGCAAAAAAUUGAAAUGAAAAAUGUAAAGCUGCUUAAGUGUAAGGAAUAGUAGAUUAAGCUCGAAAAAUAAAAACAAAUGAAACCCAUAAAAAAAGAGAAGAGUAAAAACAAUUGCAUGAACCACGUUGUUAUACCGUAUAUGAAGAUACAUUUAUCAACCCAAAUUCGUCAAUAAAGUAAAAUCUGAAA